CCGACAGCGCUGGUGGAGUGACAAAAGCUUGCAAACCAAAACCUAGUCGAACCCCAGUUCUUACAGUGAGAGCAAAAAGGAGAGACGCGUGCGGCCGCGAUGGCUUCUGGAGGAGAAGGCGGCGCUGGAGGAGUGGAGUGGCACGGUAGGCCACCAAAUCCCAAAAACCCAAUCGUAUUUUUCGAUUUAACCAUCGGUUCCACCCCAGCCGGUCGUAUCAAAAUGGAACUCUUCGUUGAUAUUGCCCCUAAAACCGCCGAAAAUUUCAGGCAGCUAUGCACCGGCGAAUACAGAAAAGCAGGGCUGCCUGUUGGUUACAAGGGAUGCCAAUUUCAUAGGGUUAUUAAAGAUUUUAUGAUUCAAGCUGGAGAUUUUGUCAAGGCAAUCAAUUUUUACCAUGUGCGUAUCCUUUGGUUGGUUUAGUGCUAAUGUGUUACAUUUUGAAACUAAUUCGAGCUGCUGAAACUAAAAAGCUGUAUAGUAAGUUCUUGCUGAUUUUUUAUCAGACCAUAAACGCAUACUUUGCUGUAUUGAUUUUAGGGAGCAUAAUCUGCCAGUUGUUAGGGCUUCAUUGUUGACUAGUGUCAUGCAGAAUAUAUUUUGUGCUUAAACAAACUGUCAUUAUCCCUGUGUCAACCCCCUUUUUUUGCCUUACCUAUCAACUGUUGUUGAAUCAUGGCUUUUGUGGCAACUAAAAACUUGCUGCUCUAAGAAUUCGUUAUUAUGACUGCCGAGUAGGAAAAUUUGGCCUUUCCCAUGAGUCUGGAGUCCAAUGUAUUGUUAAGGAUGCAAAAUGAGUUGCAUUAUGCUGCAAAACACUUUUUUUAAGUGUCGUCAAUGUCGUUAUCCACGUUGUUAAUUAUAUGUUCAUGUUUUUUUUUUUGUAAAUACUGCUUUAAUGUAAAGGUACAUAAAGCACACUGAUUUCUUGGCUUUUGAAUGUGAUUGAGAAAAAUUAGUAGUGGGAGCUUGCUGGGAAAGGAUUUUGUUAGAAUAUCUUGAUAAUCUUGGCGAGUGCCUUAACUUUUAGAGCCCCUUUCUUCCAGUCCCUGAUAUUCUCUACCUCACCUCUUUUUCGUUGAU